AUGACGACGGUGCAAGAUCCGCUGCCAGAAGGACAUGAUAAUGUUCAUGUGCCAUAUACAAGAAGGGCACCGCAAAGGAUCAUCAUCUUAUGUGAUGGUACUUGGCAAAAGAGAGGCGCAGUGGAUUCAGUCUUUACAAGCACAGGUAUUUCAACGGCAACAAACACAACAUGGUUCACAAAUGUGGCCCUUCUGAGUCAAUGUAUCUUGCCAAAUGCUGCCGUUACAGAUUCAGACGCACCACCAAUGCCUCAAACAGUCUUUUAUCAAGAUGGGAUCGGUGCUACACCGUAUAUCUUUCAACGUUUAUUCGAAGGUGCAACAGGUACAUCAUUAGAUCUUAAAGUAAUGGAAGCCUAUUCGUUCAUCGUUGAUAAUUACCAAGAAGGAGAUGAACUAUUCUUCUUUGGAUUUUCUAGAGGUGCUUAUACUGCACGUACAUUGGCAGCAUUUGUGAAUUAUAUCGGUAUCCUCUCAAAGCAAGAACGUAGUACUUCGUUGAAUACAUUAUGGCAUGCAUUCAAUAAUCGUAAUCCUUCUGAUCCAAGUACAAUCACGAAAGCAGAAGAGACUGUUUUCCAAGAAUUGAACAGAUGGCCAAGCGCAAAUGCAAUGUUUAGUGCAAUGAACAAUUCAAAGAUUCAACUUGCAUCUAUACCAGAUGCGAAAGACGAACAAAAGGCAGACGAAUCAAUGGAACAGACUGUUGACCCUUCCAUAGUUCAACCGGCCACCAUUCCGAUUCAAGCGGAGUAUGUAGAAUCAGAAGAAGCAAUCAUCAAACGUUCACCGCAAAUUCUCCCUCCAAAGAUCGAAAUCGUGGGCGUUUGA